AUGCUCAGGUCCAGAUCUUCACUGGCAAUGUCGAAAAUCAAUGCAGCAUGUGUGAUAAUAGGUGACGAGGUCCUGAAUGGUAAGAUCGUUGAUACCAACUCGAAGUUUUUUGCCAAGUAUUGUUACGACCAAGGAAUAAGGCUAAAUGAAAUCGUUACUAUAGGUGACGAGGAAUCUCAGAUAGUGGAGACUUUGCAGAGGUUGCGCAAGAAUCACCAAUUCAUCGUCACUUCUGGCGGUAUAGGUCCUACGCACGACGAUAUCACGUAUGAAUCGGUCGCCAAGAGCUUCAAUCUUGUCACCAGGGUUGAUGAAGAGUGCAAGAGGCAAAUGCAAAGACUUUCCAAGCCCGAGGCAAGACUGGAUACGGCGGCUUUGAAGGAUUUUUAUCGAAUGGCGACUCUGCCACAUGGCCCGCAGGUCAAGAACUAUUAUAUAUCUGACGAUCUCUGGGUCCCAAUAUGCUCGAUUGACCAUAAAGUCUACGUUUUACCAGGUAUUCCUCAACUUUUCACUAGAAUGUUGAAAGAAUUCACUCCAACGCUGAGGAAAAUAUACGGUCUUACAGCGGAUAAGCAUCAGUACGUUCGCUUCUUUAUAAGGACUGCCUUGACGGAAUCUCAGAUUUCUGGGUAUCUCAGAAAUCUGCAGGAAGAGGCAAAUAAAAUAUCCAGGGAGAUCAAGAUCGGAUCGUAUCCGCAUUUUGGCUUGGGCUUCAACACCGUCAGUAUCUUGGGUACUAAGGAUCAUCAAGCGUUCUUGGAAUCCUUGAACGCUCGCACAAUUAAAGAACUUAAUGGGGAACCCAUCUCAGCGGAGGACGAGGAGAGUAUUUCUAAUGCCUUUAAAGCAUAA